AAUAGUGGGUUUGAGAUAAACCCCUUUAUCAGAUCAUUGAAGAGUUUUCUACAACCGUCCGUCGAAUUAAACUCCCUUGAAAAGCAGUAUAUCGAUCAAACAGACAAAAUGGUGCAAAAGACAACAUCGAAACGGAAAAGAAAAUCAAUAGCACACAAUGAUAUUAUGAGUUUGGACGCUGGUGAGCUGAAGCAACUUGCUAUCAAUGCACGUGAAGAAGAGACAUGGACACGACAAUUUUGUGGUGGUCUGUCAAAAACCGUGAGUUUCUUUCGUAAAUUGCAGCUCAGAAAAGUACACGUUGAAUGCCUCAAGAAGACCCCCUUUUAUCAUUUUGUAAUGCCGUUUGUUCGAGGUUUAAUUACACGUGGGUCGGUUAGAGGGACGCAGACUGGGACAGUCACUAUGUUGUUUACAUAUGACAAAAACUGCAAAGCGUUCAUUUUGGGUGGUAAAAAACUCAUUAUUAAUCUUCGUGAAUGCGAUUUGAUAUUUGGAAUAACAUCCGGUGAAGAUCCAGUAAACAGAAAGAGGUCACAGAUAUACGAUUCCCCACUAGCAAUGCGGAAAUUCCGUCAAUACAAGAAGUUGCGUACAUGCCAUCUUACUGAACAGCUGCUGAAAUAUAUUCACAGUGACAAACAAGAAGAUGUAGAAGAUACCGUACGGAUAGUUAUCAUCCACCUUCUGUGUACUGUGUUCUUCGUGACUGAUGGAGGAAGAGUUAAUUGGUGGAUGUUCAGAAUAUGCAACAACUUGGAUUUGUUGAACAAAUACAACUGGGGGAAGGGCAUAGUGGACUACUUCAUGCACUUUGUUAACAGACACCCACCUGCAAAAGUACGAGGCUGUACCCCCCUGUUUAUGUAUUGGAUCUGCGAACGGACAAAGCUAGUCAAUCCAGUUAAAGAAGACGCAUUUCCGAGGUUCCUAAAGUGGCGAUUGUCAAGUCUCAGAAACAUAAUAGACGAAUUCGCUAUAAAGGGCAUAAAAGCAGAUGAUGUCAAUACAAAGCCAAUUUCUAAAACAGCUAUUGAGCACGCAAUACUUUGCGGAAAGCAGGAAGAUACAUAUGGCAGUGACACAGACAUUCAUCAAGACGCCGAUGAAGAUAGAAACAAUGACAGCAUUUCAGGUGGUGAUGGGCUUGAUGUUGACGACAACAUUGAAGAGUCCGAUGACAACAACAACACAAUUCCAAACUUCGAAUCAUGUUUUGCGGCUGAUACUGAAGGUCAAAUAGACAUAGAUGAUGUCCCCCUAGCUGCUUGGAUUGUCAAGUAUCCAGAACUGAUAGAUACAAUUUCAACGCAAGAAAAGGCAAUACAAAAUUUGCAACAAGAACUUGCGUCCGCCGAAGUCGAGUCUACAAAGUUGAAAAAUAAGGUGGCACAUCUGGAGAGCUUGAAUACACACAUUGAAGCGCAGUUUAGUCGUCUAUCUGAUAUACCAACCAACAGCCAGAUCGAGAGGUCCUCAUCCACACGCUUGACAAAAGAACUUGAGAUCGAAAGGUCCGCAUCGGCACGAUUUGGUAAAGAACUUGAGUUGGAGAGGUCCACAUCAAGCAGGCUUACUAAAGAGCUUCACGAUGUUAGUACGAAACUUGUCAGCGCAAACAAAAACAACGACGAGAUUCGAGCUGAGCUUGAUAAAUUGAAGGAUGAGUACGAGAGUCUGCAUAAUACAACUGCUGCAUACCUCACUGAUAUAGUAGAGUUGAAGGGAAGAAUCACAACUGUUGAAGCUCAUAAUAAAUCACUUAAUGAGGCAAACCAGGCCCUCCAAUCUCUUAUUGAUGGGCAUGCUGCAAAAAUCGAUCAUCGCAGCAAACCAAGCAAUCUAGUUGAUGAUGACAUGCCAAAUUGGGAUUUGUUAACACAGACACAAGCUGCUUCGGAUGUAACGUGCACAAUGUACACCAAAACCGACCUCCACAUCAUAGAUCUUGAAACAAAAUUAAAGAUCUCAGCCGCAAAGGAUAUUGCAAAAUCAAAACGACUGGAGAAACAGGAGGAGAGAAUACGUAAUCUGACCGAAACCCUAAAUCAAAAGAAACCCGUAACAGUCAUUGAAGAAGAUGAUGAUGACUUCGAUUUCAGUAAUGCUAUCAUCCAGCAUAUUAACAGGGAUCCCAAGUCGGUCGUAGCCAAGAGGACUAGGUCGAAAAGGCAGAACGUAACACCGAUAUCGAAGAACAGUUUGGUGAAUGUUGGGAAAUGUUACAAAAAGUAUAGUGCAUACCUAAAUUUGAGCGAUGAAAAUAAGGGUUUAAUCAAUGUAAUUGCAUCUUCUGAAGACAAGCAAAGCAAAAUACUUUGGCAAGAUGAAGAUAGGGUUGUGCGAGUAUUGGUCGCAGAUCUUUUUCCCUGCCUACAAAAUCAAUCUCUCUCUAAUGGAGUGGUUGACUCCUAUUGCAAAAUCCUAUCCCUUGAACAUAACGCUGGCAAGUUGAGUCAAAGCACAUCCUCGACUAAAAAUGCAAAAAUACUCGUGUUCCCGUCUUGGUUCCUGGAUACGAUUCGUAGAAGGUCCGAUGGUAUGUUUGAUCCACCUACUGGCAUGUGCGAUCAUGAUUUUUUCAUAUUCCCCAUCCUGCACAGGCAGAAGCCAAAUGAACGAGGAAAUGACCACUGGACUGUCCUUAUCUUGAAUAAGUCAGAGGGUGACUACAAUUUCUACAAUCCAAUGAUAGCGCGUGAAAACAUAGCAGACCAAUAUAUUGGUGAUGCAAUUGAGCUGAAACAUGCAAUUGACAAAACCGGAAGGCAUCACCAUUUUGAUCUUCCAUAUGAUGAAGAGGUCAAUCUAAUUAGAGAUGCACCACAACAAAAAAGUGGCAGUGUGGACUGUGGGGUCGUUGUCUGCUACAUUGUGAAGCAGUGUUUCCUUCAGCAACCAAUUUCAUACACACUAGGUGUUAAAAACAUUCCCAAUAUGCGCAAAGAAAUCGUAGAAAAAUUUCUUAAAUGGGGUCGUGAUAAGGACUACAGUAAACGUCGGGUGUGAGAUAUGAGCUUAUGA